AUGACAUACAUCAAUGUUGAUGAGAGACAGGAACACUGUCGGGUAAUUCUGAGCUGCCAGAAUAAUCAGCUGUAUACCCAACAUGGCUUAAAGGAGUUCUCAAUUAGCAACAUGCAUCCGCUGAAGAACUUAGACCCUCAUGUUUUUACUGGAGACUUUAAUCCUGUAAGCAAAGUAGACUACAAUGCAGGGACGCAUCUCUAUCGGAGUGUGGAGAACCUACACUGGGCCACACUGGCUGAUUCACAUUGCCAUCCCUACUGUGGAAAUGUAGACAACAAACUUGUUUUCCAUUACAAGGGUACAACCCAGUGGUCCAAGUAUUCCGUGGAAGGAGCCCCCUCCCCUGGUUCACCUGAAUGCUGCCGACACUUCCCCCUCUCCUCGGAGCAGAUACCACCUGCAGCACAUGACAUAGCUCUUCCCUCUGGUGCCAAAGUGACUCCAUGGCUUUUCUCCUCCAUAGAUGUGGAUGCCAAAAAGACCUUGAAGGAAAAGCUCAGACUUCACAGUAUGAAAGCUACGGAGAUUUGCAAGCCUCUCAGACCUCAGGCUUCCUUGAACGACCUGCACACUACCCUUCCUUGUGGACCAUGGAUGACACUGGGGAAGCAUCGGCCAUGUUUUUCUCGCAGGCUCACCAAUCCAGAAGACAUCAAACAAGAAGCUCAGAGGAGGUUGCAGAUCAGAAGACAGAACAGCUCACCCAACUUGACCCUCCAUUGUGCUAAUGAUGGCCAGGAGAUGACCAAAUCGCAAACAACUGGAUCCUUAAAGGGAUAUGAGAUGGAACAGAACACCAAAAGGACUCUGGAGCUGAGCAGGAAAGGAGACUGUAAAGAGAAGCUCUACAUUCCAACUUUUGAAGAGUUCAAAAGGAUGAGAAUUAAGGGGACAUGUUUCCUUGGUGGUAGCCAUGAAUCCGCACUAGACAUGAAGGAAGGGACCCAAAGGUUAGAAGAAAAAAGAAAUCAAAACCUCUUUUCAGAUGCCCAGCAAGACCUCACCAAAGAAAUGGUUACAACAGUAGAUUAUUAUGAUGAUGUUUUUCAUGAAAACACUGAGAGCACUUCUGGGUUAGUUGGCUAUCAAGAUAGUUCAUCAACCUGGGACAGGAGUUUCUAUCUAAUGAAUAUGCCUAUGGCUUGGGACAAGAACAACGAGAUGCCAACAUCAGAUAGGUUCCCUGUCCCCAUUUGCUCUAGUCCAGUCCCAAGAUCACCUCUACAAUCAGCUGCAGUUUCUGUGGAGGAAGGAAGGAAAACCUUUGCUGAAGGGGAGAAGCAGGGCCUGGAUGCAGGACUGGAUGAAGUCCUUCCCCAUGCUGCACAGUGCAGUGCGCCUGAAACCCAGUCUUCUUGUUGCCCACUGCUAUUAGAAGCAACAGAUAUAUCCAGCUAUGGAGCUAAGCUGCAGAAAAUGAAGGAUGAAUUUAUAGGUUCUGCACUUGACCUCAUUAAAAAGAGCUGCACUGCUGAAACUGCCCCUGACCCCCCCUCCCAGGGAACAGGUGAACUCAAGAAACCUGAUGCCACUUUUGCGGAGAAUCAACAACAGCCCACAGCCUCCAGCUCCAACUGCCGCCGAUCCAGCUCUGACAUCUCCUACGAAACAUCAGACUGCACCAAAGCGCAGCGGGAGUGUCGGCUACGGCCUCACUUCAGUGACCCAAUGCCAACAGAUGCUGUGAAGAGGAAACAGCUGGAGCUGAAGAUAGCUGCAGCCGCACGCCAGCAUGCCCAGAAACGCCGGCAGGAGAGAGACCCUGUCCCAGCGCUGGCCAAAGCCAACAUCAACCAUGGCAGCAGCCUUGAUGAGAACCGUCGCACUCCGGGCAGCUCCUUCCGUUCCAGAUACCGCUGGAGCAAUGUCAGCAGUCUCAGUGUGGACAGCGGCAUUGUGGGUGGGAGCGAUGAGAGGGACAAUCCCGAUGCCAGCAGUGGAGGGUCACCAAGGAUGAGGUUGGCUGAGAUGGAGCGGGCAGACAGUGGCAUCAGCCAGGUGCUGACCCGGAAGUGGCGGAACAGGGCAGCUGAGACCCUGACCUCUCUACAGGCGUGGGACGCGCACCAGCCUUGCACUGACUGUGGUGCGAGAGACUUCCCACUGGAGACCGAUGUGCAGAACCAGAACAAGAGGCGGGCCACGCUCUGCGAGAAGUGCCUCAAGUGCCGGACGGAGCGGAAGGAGUCAGUGCUGGAGUUUGUCAAUACCGAAGCCAGCUAUGGGGAGGACCUCCGCAUCAUCAAAGAAGAGUUCUACCUCCCCAUGCAAGCUGCAGGCCUCCUAACACAGGACCAACUGCUGGUGGUUUUCAGCAACAUACAGGAGCUGAUAGACCUGAACGAAAGCUUCCUGGAGUACCUCCAGGAAGAGAUUGACCAGGCCUUUGAGCAGGGUGAUGACGACCUCAUGACUGUGUGCAUUGGUGAAAUAUUCCUGGAGUUUGUCAAUAUGCUCCCUGCCUUCCAGACAUACUGUCUCCAGCAGUCCUCUUCAGUGAACAUGCUCAAUGCACUGGAAAAAGAGAAGGAGCUACUCAGGAUAUUCCUCAAUGUUUCCCAGAACGACAACACGGCACUUCGCCGCAUGAACCUGCGGUCCUUUCUGAUGGCACCACUGCAGAGGGUGACCAAGUACCCCCUUCUGCUGAGCCGCAUCAUCAAGGCCACCAUUGAAUACCACCCAGAUCACAGCAGCCUGCGGGAGGCCAAAAGCCGCAUUGAGUCCCACCUGGAGCACAUCAACAUGAAAACCAAGCAGGAAGGGAACUCCUGGACCCUGCGUUCCUUCCGCCAGGACAGCAGGAAAAACAGAGAAGUCAUUAACAUCGAAAUGAGGGAAACCGCUAUCAAGAGCAUGGGCUGGCUGCGGGAAGAAACCCGCUUCGUCAUGGAGGGGCCCUUGCAGCUUGCCCAGCCGCCUGAUGGGCAGUGGGUGAAGAAGGGCAGCAAGGCCCUGAAGUUCCAGAGCAUGCAGGUGCUCCUCAUGGUCAACAUCAGGCGGGCAUCUGAAUCCAGCUUUGAACCUGGGGAUCCAGGGCCUGUGAAAGACGCAGUACUGGUACUUAUCAAAGACAAAAACAAUGGGAAGUUCAGCUUGCUCCGGGAGCCCUUGAGACUCAGUAACUGCGUGGUCUCCGUGGAUCCCGACUGUGAUGAUACAUUCGAACUUCUUGAAGUGAGGCGGGAGUCCUUCGUGUUCCGGGAUGGUGACAAAGCACGGACUCACCACUGGUUCAGGCAGAUACGGAGGUACUCUCGGGAGUUGGGCUCCUGGAAGAAGCGGCGUAAUGCUUUGCCCAACAUCAUGAUAAGUGCAUCUCACAAUAGGUCAUGA